AUGGAAGUCGAUGAAGACCCAGCCGACGACCACGACGAGGACUGGCGCAACGAGGACACUGAUGCUGCCUCAGGUGGAGGUCAGGCCACCCUGUCUUUCGGGUCCGCCGGUGCUGGCGUGUCCGCAGCAGUAGCUCGCACCGCUCAGUCGCUCUGCCCCGAAAUUGCGCCGCGUUUGCGUGCGGCGCAACCUUGUCGAGCGACGAUCCACCGCCGCAAACGGGCUGCGCUUGAUUCUGCGAAACCCAAGAUGGCGGGCUUCAUGGCGACGUGGCUGGGGUUAGGAGAUGUGAGACAGUCGCAGCAGUCUUUGCCUCGAAGUUCGGAGACGCAAGGUGCGGAGGAGGAACUGCUUGGAGAGCAAGACAGCGGUUCUGUGCUUGCUGCUGCAUGCAGCUCGGCGCCACACGGCGAUGGCGAUGGCGAAGGCGAAGGCGAGGGCGAGAGGGAUAGCGAUAGCUGCAGCGAAACCGACAUGCUGAUUGAAGAUGGUGCGGAUCUGGCAGUGCAGUAUUGGGUCGGUGAGUGCGAACAAGAAGAAAAGCAAGGAGAUUUGGGGGAGCACUGCGACGGAUACUCUUCGUGCGGGAGUAGAGGCUUUCUCGAUGGCACUGACUACCCGGCAGAGUGGAGCGAUGGUUCGCUCGACAGCGGCGGAGAGAACGACGUGGAAGUCGACGGCGAUGUUGAGACUCGGCGUAUCGGCGGAGCAGCAGCGAUGGGAGCCGGAUGCGAAGAGAGCGGUGCCGACGGAGCAGCAGCGAUGGGAGCCGGUUGCGAAGAGAGCGGUGCCGGCGGAGCAGCAGCAAACGCCAGGAGCAGUUCAUCUGGAGCAACAAGCGCAGCCGCCGAACAGCCGGUCCGAAGGAGCACGAGAGAGACAUCCAGGAAGGCAUACGCCCCCCUCAAACGUGCCAGCGCUCAACGCGUAGAGCGGGGCGGGCCCGGGCGGGGAAAUCGGGUGAUGAUGCCCGGUGAGGUCGCAAACCGGCUGGAGAGGUGUAGCGGCAAGACACACAAGGGGCAGCGUACCCUCCGCCGGGCGGGCGUGAAGCUGGUGGGACAGCUGUGGACAAAGGAGCGACGAGAACGUCGUGCACGGAGAACGCGCAGGAACUGCACGGAGCGCCAGAAGAAGCUUAUCGACACCUUCUGCGAGGGGCGGGACAAGAUCGAUAAGGUCGGCAACGACCUCGCGAGCCUCGUGGAGAACGAAGAGAGGAUGCUGACACCGGAACGUAUUGCUUGUGUCUGUCGGGUGAUCUCCGUCGUCCGGGCGUACUUCGAUCUCGAGAUACGCUAUGGUGUGCAGAAGAUGGUACACAGCCGUGCCGUCGGGGAGGGCGCGGGCGUCCACGCCAAGACCGUCCGACGGUGGGUGACGGAGUUCUGCAAGGACGGCAAGUUCGUCGUGCCCGAUCGAGCAUACGUGAAGCGGCAGCCCUUCACCUACAUCGACGACGAGGACAUCAGAGAUCAGUGCCGGGAGUACAUCGACGAGCGGAUUUACCGUCGGAAGGGAACUCGCUUUCGGGUCGCCGACUUUCACAGAUGGGUGAACGAGGUGUGCCUGGAAGAGGAAUUCAAAGACGGUGGGGGCAUUAGUCGCAGCACAGCGCACCACUGGAUCAGCCAGCUCGGAUUCAGGUGGCGCCGGCACGGCAAGUGCGUGUACGUGGACGGCCACAACCGACCGGACGUCGUCGAGGCCAGGAGGCUAUACACGGAGAAGAUGUUCGUCAUGCGUCGCAUAAUAUCCAUCCCGGAAAAGGUUGAAACCGUGGUGAUGGUGAAGGUCCGCGAUGCGGAGGAGGGAGAGGAAUCGGCAAUGGGCGACAGCGACGGCAGCAUCACUGGGUUGGCCGCUGGUAAGGAGCCGGUGCUCUGGCCGGUCGUACGAAAGAUGCCCGACGGCCGGGUGGACUCCAAGCACGUGCUCGUCUACGGCAACCAGUUCACGGAGGCAACAGGAGACGAUGACUGCACCCGUGUCUGCAUCGAUGAGGACCAGCUGAAGAUGCGCGAUCGGGGGGGCGACUACAGCUUGGUGCCUGAUCGUGAAGUGCAGAAGUGCUACGAGGCGAAGAGCGUUACGGAGGAGGUGCUUCUCUGGCCGGCGAGGCGGGUAGUGGCUGGCAAGGAGGAGUACAAGCACGUGCGUGUCCACGACGGAGAGCAAUCGUGCGGGGACUGCAAGCGCUUGGGAGUGACGAACUGGCUCGAUCCUGACUGCGCGUGCUACGACUGCAAGCGCACGCCAUUCGUAGUCUCCUCGCGGGUGCCGUUCAACCGGCGCGACUUGUCCGCGAGUGACGGGUUAGGGGAUUUCUGCCUAGUGCCUGAUCACGAGGUGAUGUCCCUCUACUUCCACGACGAGACGACGGCGAAGGAGAACGACGAUGGCGGCUGCCAGUGGAUGUCGAUAGAAAAAGGCGCCGCCAUCAAGAAGAAAGGGGAAGGGCGGGCCGUGCACGUGUCUGACAUCAUCGGCGUGGAUAGAGGGGUUGCGGUGAUCGGGAAGGAGGCCUGGGGCAUGAUGCAGGAAGACAUGGACGUGCUGGAAGAUGUGGUAGACCUGGUUGAGGUCGAGCCGGCUACCGAGGACGGGGAGGCGCCAAAGCAUGGGGCGUCUACUCUAUACAAUGGCCGGUCCGGAAUCUACUUUGGCAGGCAAGAGGGCGACGGGGUGGACGGCCACGCCGUGAAGUUCGUACAGGAUGCGGUGAAGUUGCUGAAGGCGAUGCCAGAUGACUGCGGGGUGACGAAAACAGAGAACGACCCUUCCACCGGGGCGGUCAUCAUGACGGUGGGGCAAAACCAAGACGGGUUCUGGAACAACGAGAGAAUGUGCAAGCAGAUCCCGGGGCUCAUCGCCAUCCACGAGCUGACAAGCGAGCCCCACCGGCCACUGGUCAUGGUCUUCGACAACUCCACGGGGCACGCCGCGUACGAGACCAGUGCCUUGGUGGCGAGUCACAUCAACAAGGGCCCGGGGGGUGGGCAGGCCAUCCUCGAUGAUUUCCUCGAUGACGAGGGGAACCUCGUUCGCACCACGUUUCGCGCGGGCGACAAGCUUCUUUUCAAGGCGCAAGUCUACGCAGCGAAAACGCCCGAGCAGCUGAAGGCGGAAGAGGAGGAGCUGAAAAGGAACCCCAAGUACAAGAAGCCCAGGAACGGCGACAACCUGGGAGAGUUCGCGGCGGGCACCGAAAUCCGGGCGAGCGGCCGUACAUCCCGCCUGAUCGGCCAGGCCAAAGGUGGACAGCAGAUGCUCAUGGAGAUGGGCCUGUGGGACGUUCCUGGCGAGGACCCAGUUCGCGUUCUCGAGUGCAAAGCGUGCAAGGGGGAAAGGGCGGCAACACGGGCAGCCAUAACCUCGUUCAACCGCGGAGGAGAGGGAAGGCAGCAGGCGUUGGAUGACGCUGCGCGUAGAGACGAAACCGACGGAGAAAGUGCAGGCUCGCCAGGGGAGGGGGCAGCGGGCGGGGCGGCUGGCAACCAUGUCGGCACGAGGAGUCGCUGCUGCAUUGGCAGAGUUUUUGCCGAGCUCAAGGCGUUCAAGAUGGAGCUCAACAAGAUCGAGAAGAUGUUCAAGAAAGCGGGGCACAUCUGCAUUUUCUUGGCGAAGUAUCACCCAGAGCUCAACGCCAUCGAGCGGUACUGGGGAUACGUCAAGCACCUCCUUCGCCUGCACUGCGAGUACUCUCUGAAGCAUAUGCUCAAGAUUCUGCCCGGCGCCCUGAGUGGUGUUCCGCUGAGAUUUAUGCGCGGGUGGAGCAGGGUGACGUGGCUGUACCUCGAGGCCUACGACGAGGGGCUGGUGGACUACCUUGAGGUCCGAGACCUCAAGAAAUGGUUGAGCCACCGUUCUCCCACGGAGAGGGGUGACUCUGUGGUCCUGGCCAGGGCGGGGGCCGGGAAGUCGUCGGAGAAGAAGAAGAAAGCAGAGGAGAAGGCUCUGGCAGCUGCACAGGAGCUGCGUACUGAGUCGAUUAGAAGAUCGAAGAAGGUUUUCAAGGCGUGGAAGGUCAGGAGAGCCUACAAGAAGGCCUGGCGGCGCGUGGAAGUGAAGAGAGGGUGGAAUGCGUUGGUUGAUAACUGGUCGAGAAAAGCAGCAGAAUGUGCAUGAGAUUUAUCGGGCUGGAUGGUUGUGUGGUGGUGUCGGUGCUGUUGAUUUGUGGCGUUCAUGCGUGGUAACAAUGUCUGUACAUACUUUCUUAUGCGUGUUAACCAACGUCUUGGCGUCGGCGUGAUUUGAUGUUUCUGCGGCUUAGUAGGCAUGGCAGCGUUGCUUGUUGCAUGUCGGUACCUGUUGUUCGUGGUGUAAAUAUCUGCUAUUUAAAGGCGGGGCCUCUCCAUUUAGAAGGUGCGAAGUGUGUGCUUUCGGUGCUGAAAGGAUGGUAAAAACAACGUGAAGCCUGUAUGAUUAGG